UAUCCCCCUUGUGAUUUUGUGACAUUUUAUGUAUCUUUACAGUUAUUAAACUAUCAUAGUAAGAAAAUCUCUUGCAUAUUUUGAAACAGAAGAAAAUUUCAAACUUCCCAUGGCUCUACAGAGACAUGUUCCAGUAUUAGUCGUACUGCUAUUUUUUUGGUCUAGCUCAUCGAAUGCUUAUCAAUUCGAACUUGGUGGCGUAGAUGAUUGGAUUGCUAACCCUCUUGAAUCGUUCGAUCAAUGGUCUCAACUAAUGAGAAUUCAAGUUAAUGACACUCUUUUGUUUAAGAAUAAGAAAGGAUCAGAUCUGGUGUUGGAGGUAAAUGAAGAUGAUUAUGACAAGUGCAAUAUAGAACAUCCGAUCAAGAAAAUGGAAGAUGAAAACUCUGUUUUCGAAUUUGAUCGUUCAGGUAGUUUUUAUUUUGUUAGUGGUAAUAAGGAUAAGUGUAAAGAAGGACAAAAGUUUGUUAUUGUUGUUGCUGGUAUGGUGCUGCCUCCUUCUACUCCGGUACCAUCACUUGCUCCGGUUGGUUCUCACUUAUCUCCGAAGGCAGAUGCACCUGGAAAGGUGCCGAUUGGGGUAUCAUCACCUGUCCCUAUAACGGUGCACGUUCCUCGGGGUACUAGUUCAGACUCACCUCAGAUGAGUCAUUCACCAGGUGUGGCUCCAACGUUGGCCUCGCCUGGUCCUAGUAGUUCUCACUUAUCUCCAGUAUCUAGUGCACCCGAAAAGGAUCCAGUAUUCGGGUUGUCACCUGCCCCUACAGGUUCUCACUCAUCUAGUAUGGGCCACGCACCUGGAAUGGCGCCAACACUAGUACAUGUGCCUCGAGGUAUUAUUUCCAAUCCACCUCAAACAACACAUGCACCAGGGAUUGCUCCAACACUAGAAUCAUCUCAUGGGGUUCCAAGUGCUAGUACACAUCGAUCUCCUAUAAAGGCUCCAUCACCGUCAUCAUUCCAUGUGCCUUCUGGUUCACAUUUAGCUCCAACGGCUCUAUCACCAACAUCAGCUAAUGUGCCUUUGAGUAGUGGUUCACAACUAUCUCCUGAAACUCAUGCACCAGGAAAGGCUCCAACUGGUGCGUCACUUGCCCCUGCUGGAUCCCACUUAUCUCCGACAACACAUGCACCCGAAAAGGCUCAAACACCUGCAUUAUCACAUGUUUCUCCAAGUCCAAGUUCACACCUAUCUCCAGCAGCUCAUGCACCAGCAAAAUCUCCAACCGGGGCAUCGCUAGGUCCUUCUGGUUCUCACCAAUCUCCAACAGUUCAUGCUCCUGGUAAGGCGCCAACACCGGCAUCAUCAAAUGUGGAUCGAGCUCGUGCACCUGGAAAAGCUCCAACUGGGGUGUCACCUGUGCCCGCUAGUUCCCACUCAUCUCCAACUGCUCAAGAACCUGUCGAGGCGCCAACUCCAGUAUCAUAUGUGCCUCGAGGUAUUGGUUUUUCUCCUGUGGCACAUGCACCAGGAGAAACUCCAUCCGGGUCAUCACAUGCACCUGAUGGUUCUCACUCAUCUCCGAAAGCUCAUGCACCUAUAGAAGCACCAACACCGAUAUACAAUGUUCCUCGAGGUACUAGUUCACACCCACCUUCUACGACUCAUGCACCAGGAAAAGCUCCAUCCGAGUCAUCACAUGCACCUGAUGGUUCUCACUCAUCUCCAAAAGCUCAUGCACCUGUAGAAGCACCAACACCGAUAUCAAAUGUUCCUCGAGGUACUAGUUCACACCCACCUUCUACCGAUCAUGCACCAGGAAAAGCUCCAUCCGAGCCAUCACAUGCACCUGAUGGUUCUUACUCAUCUCCAAAAGCUCAUGCACCUAUAGAAGCACCAACACCGAUGUACAAUGUAACUCGAGGUACUAGUUCACAACCACCUUCUACCGCUCAUGCACCAGGAAAAGCUCCAUCCGAGUCAUCACAUGCACCUGAUGGUUCUCACUCAUCUCCAAAAGCUCAUGCACCUGUAGAAGCACCAACACCGAUAUCCAAUGUUCCUCGAGGUACUAGUUCACAACCUCCUUCUACCGCUCAUGCACCAGGAAAAGCUCCAUCCAAGUCAUCACAUGCACCUGAUGGUUCUCACUCAUCUCCAAAAGCUCAUGCACCUGUAGAAGCACCUACACCUAUAUCCAAUGUUCCUCGAGGUACUAGUUCACACCCACCUUCUACCGCUCAUGCACCUGUAAAAGCUCCAUCCGGAUCAUCACAUGCACCUGAUGGUCCUCACUCAUCUCCCAAAGCUCAUGCACCUGUAGAAGCACCUACACUGAUAUCCAAUGUUCCUCGAGGUACUAGUUCACACCCACCUUCUACCGCUCAUGCACCUGAUAGUUCUACCAAUGCACCCAUAAAGGCUCCAACACCAGUAUCAUCAAAUGUUCCUCGGGGUACUAGUUCACACCCACCUUCUACGGCUCAUGCACCCGGUAAAGCUCCAUCUGACUCAUCUCCAAAAGCUCAUGCACCCAUAAAGGCUCCAACACCAAAAUCAUCAAAUGUCCCUCGGGGUACUAUUUCAAACCCACCUUCUAUCACCCAUGCACCAGUAAAGGCUCCAUCCGAGCCAUCCCCUGCACCUUAUGGUUCUCACUCGACCCCAAAAGCCCAUGCACCCGCAAAAGCGGGGCCAACACCUGCACCCUCACAUGUUCCUUCCAGUCCUCGCUCACACCUAAACCCGAUUUCUAAUACACCCGAAACCGCUCCAACACCAAUAACUUCGAAAAUAUCUCCAAACCCUAGCUCAAGCCUAUCUCCAACAUCGUCUCAUGAUGAACCCUCACCUUCCGUUUCACCGACAACAGCGAAAUCAUCCAACGAAUCUUCUCCAAUUUCAUCUUCCCCAUCAUCAAGUACGCCGCCGCGAUCGGGAACGGAUUCCCCGCCGGAAAAUAUUGCGCCGGCCACCGACGGCGAUAAUAUUCCGGCGGACAUUGAUUCACCAGCUAAUUCACCACUCAAUUCCGAAUCAGCAGCAGAGAAAGCAUCAAUCACUCCCUCUAUGUCAACAAUGUCAGUCUUUUUUACUCUAAUUUUGGGAUUAAUAAAUUAACGUAGAAAUUAAUUAUACUUAUUACUUAAUUUGGUUUUCUUCUUCUUCUUUUUUUGUGUUAAAUUAGUUAAUUUUGAUUACUUGAAUUACAGUUGUAUUGGGGUGUUUAAUUGUUAUCUUUUGUAUAAUUUUAUGUGUUACAUGAGCUUUUAAUAUAUAAAAGUAU